UGUGUGUGUGCGUGUGUGUGUGUGUGUGUGUUAAUGCUGUCAGCUGCUGUCGGUGGAGAGCAGCAUCAACCAACAGCAAACCGAUGAUGGAGACGGAAUCACGGAUGGAGCUGCAGUAGAGAUCCGGGGAGGAUGCUGCGGCUGUUGUGAGUGUUUAGUCCACGUGUCAGCUGCACCUGCCGUGGAUGAUUUUCCCUGAUGGGUUGUGGAGGGAGUCGGGCGGACGCGAUCAUCGAGCCGAGGUACCAUGAGAGCUGGACUAGAGAAACGGAAUCGACGUGGCUUACCAACACGGACGUAGAGACCUCUCUACCAGUAGCAAACAGUAAAGCUCUGGAGGCCAGUCUGAGGGAGAAGAGGAUGGUGAACACAGGCACCCAGUGUGGGAAGCAGGCCCUGUCAUCCACUGGCUCCAACCACCAGAGGAGACCCAGACGCUCCUUGAGUGAUGUAGGUGUAGCUGGUAGCAGCAAACCACCUGUGACUCCUAAAGGAGGGCAUCAAAAGAGGCCAGUGCGUUGUCUAAGGAUGGGCAGCCCGUCAAUAUCAACAGUAGUGAAGACGCUGAACCCGGGAACUUGUGUGAUGAAAGAUGAAGAAAAGCCAAGACUCUGCGAAGAGGAAGAUGGCCGGAGCUGUGAAAAGUUCACCAAAAGACGUGACGGUGAUUCACAGAAGUGUGUGGAUGAUGUUUGCUCGUGACUUUGUGAGACCUUGGCUUUUCGAUCCCAGUGAUUUACAACACAGGCACCUGCAUAAUGUCUCCGUCCAAAGAUCUCGGGAUGCUGCAUCUUUGUUGUGCCAUUGCAAAUGCAUGCAUGAAGUGAAGCAAGAGAGUGGAAAACAAACAGUGCUGACACUCUCCACCAUGCUUUUCUCCCAUGCUUAUGGUGCCGGUCAGGGAAUGAGUCACUGUGUUAAGGCACUUUUAAAGAAAACAAGAACAGACCGUACCGUAUGCACAUGAUAAUCACAAUCUGCACAUCAAAUGUUUUCUGUGUGGGGCCUUCCUUAAGAAAUUGCUUCAGUUCUUUGUGCAAGUAUAUUCCCUUUGUUGUGAAUGAAAAACAAUGAUGAUGCUGUUUGAAACUCAGUCAAUGCUGUAAAGGAUUUUCAUUUAAAAGACCCUGAAGUGCUGUUUUGAGACUGAGAUUUGGAGGUUUGAUGCUUAAAAGUCUGAAGACUGUCUUUUCCAGCCUUUGCGAGAUAAAGAAACAAACACACCCGCAUGUGCCUACAAUUCAUCUUGAUAUGAACUGCUCCUGUUUUCACUUUGAGAGUUUAUUUUGUUAGUAUUAUGUGUUCUCUUGCAUCUUAUCUUAUGUUAUAUGAUACACUUUAUUAUUUACCAUUAUUAUGUAUGGUAAUGAUGAGUCAUUUGUAUGGCUCACACACUUAUCUGCAUGUUUAAACCUCAAUCUCAAAUGGAUUCAGAAAUGGUGUCUCUGCCCAAACUUUACCAAAAGCAAAUUGUCUGAAAUAAAACGUUUUGCUUAUUUGGGAAUUUAAAAAUACUGCACUAAGUUGUUCGUUCAGGAUGUGAUUCAGGAUGGGUAAUCGGGAAAGUGAGAGCUAUGGCCAGCAGAUGGCGGUGUUGACCAGCUGGGCUCUCUGGGAAAUCCCAUGUCUUAACAUUUUCUGCUUGUGAUAACUGUUGAUGAUCAAGAGUUUUUAAAGGUUUACUGAAAUGAUAAUGUUGAAAUGUGUACAGGCCAACUUUUGUGAUGGAAAAUGACAUUUAAACACUACAAGAUUUUUUCUUCUUUGAAUUAAAAUUGUUAUCAGCUCCUUAAUUUGUGAAACCCA